GUCUCAUAUCCACAUACUCUGACACUACCUGUAGCACUACUAAGAAUUAUCACGUAAUCUAGAUAUAUCCAUAUAUAUAUGAACCAUGGUCUGCCAGAAGGUUCUUGUUGAUGAGGUGUCUGGUUGGCUGAGAGUGUUCGCCGAUGGCUCAGUUGAUCGGACAUGGACUGGACCGCCUCAAGUCCAGUUCAUGACCGAGCCAGUCGCACCACAUGAUGAAUUCAUCGAUGGAGUUGCCACCCGAGAUGUUUGCGUCAACGAAAACCUACGGCUACGAAUUUAUCUACCGGAGACAAACCCCGAUGAUUCUUUGAAGCUCCCUGUAAUCCUUCAUCUCCACGGAGGUGGCUUUUGUAUAAGCCAGGCUGAUUGGUACAUGUACUACCAAAUGUACACCAAGCUCGUACGCUCAGCCAAAGCCAUUUGUAUCUCUGUCUACUUAAGGCUCGCACCCGAGCACCGUCUCCCCGCUCCAAUCAUCGACGGCUUCUAUGCGCUGCUCUGGCUUCGUUCCGUUGCACAAGGUGAAUCAUACGAGCAGUGGCUAGUCAGUCACGCAGACUUCAACCGUGUCUUUCUCAUAGGGGACAGCUCGGGUGGAAAUCUCGUACAUGAAGUUGCCGCUCGAGCAGGGAAGGUGGAUUUGCGUCCGUUGAGGCUAGCAGGUGGGAUCCCUAUCCACCCUGGAUUCGUUCGAUCAGUGAGGAGUAGGUCGGAGUUGGAGCAGCCAGAGUCACCUAUGCUAACCCUAGACAUGGUGGACAAGUUUCUGAGCUUGGCUCUGCCAUUGGGGUCGACUAAGGACCAUCCGAUAACUUGUCCGAUGGGCUCCAGAGCACCGUCUUUAGAUACUCUGAAGCUGCCGCCGUUUCUUCUAUGCAUUGCUGAGAUGGACAUGAUAGUAGACACAGAGAUGGAAUAUUAUGACGCCAUGAAGAGGGCUAAGAAGGACGUGGAGCUUCUGAUUAGUCCAGGGAUGAGUCAUAGCUUUUAUCUUAACAAGAUUGCGGUGGAUAUGGAUCCUCAAACGGCUGAACAAACUGAGGCUCUAAUUUCUGGGAUAAAAAAUUUCGUCAACAACCACUAAUAAAAUCGACCAUGUAAUUGGUAAUAACGUUACUAUAUAUAUUUGGCCAUAUAUGGGUCGUUUGCUUCAUGCCCAAUGUCUAAUAAAUAUAAACUUUCGAAAUGAAAAAAAAAAUUGCAAUUU